AUGCUGUUCAAUAAACUUCUCGCUUUUUCUAUUGUUAUUUAUAAAUUCUAUAUUCACAGAAAUUUAUUUCCGGAGAAUGUUGUACAAGCGUGCUUACAACAACAACAAAGUAGUUAUGUGACCAUUGUUAAACGUCCAAAAUAUGUUAAAUUAACGAAUGAUACUAAAGGUGCAUUAACUAAAGAAGAGCAAAUGAAACUGUUUAGUUAUGAAGCUGUUAAACCGAAAUAUGUGGAUAGUACAAAUGUUUUAGGAUUGGUAUCAUUUUCAAUUAUUUUCGGUAUAAUAUUGGGUCAAAUGGGUGAUCGUGCAGUGACAAUGGUACAAUUUUUCUCUAUUCUUAAUGAAGUUGUCAUGAGAAUGGUACAAGUGAUUAUGUUGUAUUCACCAGUUGGUAUAUUCUUUUUAAUUUUGGGCAAAAUGUUAGAAAUUGAAAAUCUACGUGAUACAGCUAAAGCAUUAGGUUUAUACAUGGUGACUGUUGUGACUGGUUUAGCUAUACACUUACUUGGUACGUUGGCAUUACUGUAUUUUGUGGUCACAAGAAAAAAUCCAUUCAUAUUCUACAAAGGUUUAUUUCAAGCUUGGAUUACAGCAUUGGGCACAGCAUCCAGUGCAGCUACACUACCGAUUACAUUUCGUUGUUUAGAACAAAACUUGGGCAUUGAUAAACGUGUUACACGUUUUGUUCUGCCAAUCGGUGCUACAAUCAAUAUGGAUGGAACUGCAUUGUAUGAAGCGGUCGCGUCAAUUUUUAUUGCACAAAUUAAUGGAAAAUAUUUAACUAUUAUUGAAGUAUUUAUUGUGAGCUUAACAGCAACGUUAGCAGCAAUAGGAGCUGCAAGUGUUCCGAGCGCUGGUUUAGUCACUAUGAUGUUAGUGCUUACAUCUGUCGGUUUGCCUACAAAAGAUAUUUCUUUAAUUUUGGCAGUUGAUUGGUUACUUGAUCGAAUUCGUACUUCAAUCAAUGUCAUGGGUGAUGCAGUCGGAGCUGGCAUUGUAGAUCAUUUAUGUCAUAAAGAAUUAAUUCAAAAAGAUGCUGAAAUUGAUAAAGAAAUAGAUCAUGUCGUUGAAGAGUACACACGUGAAUUAUCACAUACAACAACAGAUCGUGAUAAACAACAUCAUCACAAUUCAUCUAGUUUAAAUCGUCAUAGUUAUAAGAAACGUAUGAGUUUAGCUGCUGCAAUGCGUCUGCAAGAGAACGCCUCACCACUUGGCACAAUGAUGCCACAAACUCAACAUAUACAAUCGAAUGAUAGAAAUGAAAAAUAA